UUACUUUUCAUUUUUUUUCAACUUUCUGUUAGCUUAUUAUUAUUCAAUACGUUCGAUAAUAUCAAAAUGCAAGAUACUGAAAAUACAAAUAAUACAAAUGAAUGGAUUAAUUGGAUUGAGGAAGCUGUUGAUAAAGAACAUUUAAAAUUUUAUGAAUAUGAAGAAUUUAAUAAUAUUCAACAUAUUGGUACUGGAGAUUUCGGAAACGUAUAUCGUGCAAAUUGGAAAAAUUCAGGAAAACUAGUUGCAUUAAAAUCGUUUAUUAGUCUUAAUAACUUUGCCAUGAAAGAAAUCGUUCGUGAGUUAAAAAUUCAACGCAAAGUUGAUUUCCAUGAUAACAUUAUUAGUUGCUAUGGAAUAACAAAACUUGAGUUAGAAAAUCAUAAUAUUUAUCUGUUAGUAUUUGAAUACGCCGACGGUGGUACUCUUCGAAGUUAUUUAAAGAAAAAUUUUAACAAUCUUACUUGGGAUGACAAAUAUAAUAUGGCAUACCAGUUAUCUUGUGCCGUAUCAUGCUUACAUAAUGAAAAAAUAGUGCAUCGUGAUUUUCACUCCUGUAAUAUACUAGUCCUUAAUAACACAAUCAAAUUAGCAGAUUUUGGAUUAUCUAAAAGAAUUGGUGCAUCGUCUAAUCUUCAAUCUAAAUUAUUUGGUGUGGUUCCUUAUGUCGAUCCAAAAAGCUUUAGUAGACAAAGAAAUAAUAAUAAUCAAUCAACACAAAUGUUCUCAUUAAAUGAAAAAAGUGAUAUUUAUAGUAUAGGCGUAUUAUUUUGGGAAAUAUCUAGUGGGCAGCCUCCUUUUUAUGUUGAGGAUGAAGAAUAUGAUGUUGGUUUAGCUGUGGAAAUUUCACAAGGUCNAAGAAAUAAUAAUAAUCAAUCAACACAAAUGUUCUCAUUAAAUGAAAAAAGUGAUAUUUAUAGUAUAGGCGUAUUAUUUUGGGAAAUAUCUAGUGGGCAGCCUCCUUUUUAUGUUGAGGAUGAAGAAUAUGAUGUUGGUUUAGCUGUGGAAAUUUCACAAGGUCUUAGAGAAACUGUUGCUCCUGAUACUCCUGAAGAAUAUGUUAAAAUUUAUACUAAAUGUUGGAAUGGGGAACCAGAUAAUCGUCCAACUAUAUAUCAAGUAGUUGAUUGGUUAAAUGCAAUAGUUACAAAAUCAGAUGUAAUAGUAGAAAAUCAUCAAAUAUCAAAUGAACAAGAACUUAAUGAGACUUCUUUAAGUACUAAUAGUUCAGAAUUACAAGGAGAUUUAUCUCAACUUAUUCAAAAUUUUGAUAAAAUGAAUAUUAAAGAAAUUGAUCCUACGGCAAUAGAAAAUUUUUCAACUGAAAAAGAUUUUAACAUUUUAGUUGAUGAAAUCAAUGACCUUACUUAUAAAUUAAAAAAUAAAGGAAUUGGAUGGAAAUUAGAAAAGCAACAAACUAUUGAAUAUUUUAAUAAUCAUAAUUUAAAUUUACAAGAAUUUUAUAAUUGGUUAUUAACUAAUCAAAAUAGUUUAAAUUCUAUUUUUAUUCUUGGAUAUUUUAAUUUUCAUGGAAUUAUAACAAGUGAAAAUAGUGAUAAAGCAUUUAAUUUGUUUAUUAAUGCAUCAGAAAAAAAUCAUGCAUUAGCACAGAAUUUUGUUGGUUUGUGCUAUGAUCAUGGAUAUGGAACUAUAAUAAAUGAAAAAUUAGCUUUUGAAUAUUAUGAAAAAGCUGCAAAUAAUGGAGAUAUAGGUGCAAUGUAUAAUCUUGGUAUUUCAUAUAAAAAUGGAGAGGGUAUUGAAAAAGAUCAUAAUAAAGCUUUUGAAUUGUUAAAGCAAUCAGCUGAAGAAGGACAUAUAUCGGGAUUAAUGAUGUUGGGAUAUUGUUAUAAUAAUGGUAUUGGAACUGAAAUUGAUAAUCAAAAAGCAUUUGAAUUAUAUCAAAAUUCUGCAAAUUUAGGAGAUGAUGUAGCACAAAAUAAUCUUGCUUUAAUGUAUGAAAAAGGAGAUGUAAUUGCAAAAGAUAUAGAUAAAGCGAUUUAUUGGUAUGAAAAAUCUGCCAAACAAGGAUAUGAGUUAGCAAAAAAUAAUUUAGAAAGUCUUCAAAAUAAAAUAAGUUUUUAAUAAACUUUUCUCAUUCAAAUUUUAAAAUUUUAGAUCAUUAGUUUACAGUAUUUAUUUUUAUAAAAAUUUACAAAAUAGUAAAUACAUUGCCCUAAAAUAAUGAUAGUUAAAAAUUUUACCUAUUUUAUUAUAUAUACUUUCUUUUAUAAUUAAACAUAAUCGUAAGAAGACAUUUUCGAUC